CAUCAUCAAUAAUCCAGCUGCAACCAUGGCGGCAACAGCGGUGCACAGCGCCGAGCGACCCAAAAUCACGAUCUUGAAGCGGCAGCGCGACGAUUCCUCUGUAUCGCAGAACAAGUUCCUGAAGAAGACCGCGCGGGGCAAGGUGCUCCAGUUCCUGCGCGAGAAGUAUGUGCGCGACGACAUCCCGUGCGGUUUUGAGGCUUGCCACAUUUGCUCCGAGUUCCCGGGGUUCCGUCCCGUUCUCCCGCAGCGCGGCUACACCAAGCACUCCAAGUUCACUUACCCGUCCGGCCACUGGCUGGUGGUCGACACGAACAUCGUGCUUCACCAGAUGGACCUUUUGACGGCUCUUCCAGCCCAGCUCCCCCUCAUUGUCCCCUCUACCACUAUUCGCGAGGUGCGCCACCGCUCGUUGCCGCUGCACAACCGGUUGCAGCAGCUCGUACAGGACGAGGAGCGCUGUGUGUGGGUCUGGUGGAACGAGGAGUGCCGCGAGACUGCGACCGCCGCCGCUGAGUAUGAAGAUGAGGUCGUUAACGACCGCAACGACCGCGCUAUUCGCGAGACGUUGCGCUUUUACCCCGAGCACAUCUCACAAUCUGUUGCCGCUGCACCUCAGCUCAUUCUUCUCACAGAUGACAAGCGGAACCGUGAGCUUGCGGCCCAGGAGGGUCUCGUGGCUGUCAGCACGCGUGACUAUGUCGAUGGGCUGCAGGGUGACGUUCGCGACCGCCUCGUUGACCUCGUUGCGGGUGGUGUGGAUGAACUCGAGCCUGGAGAACGCAGGAACAGGAGGAUUUACGAUGACUAUCUCCCUCAGGACACAUUGACCGCUGGCGUCAAGAGCGGGCGGUAUGUCCAAGGCUACUUCAACGCAAACCAGUACAAUUACCUCGAGGGCACUGUUCGCGUGAUGGGCAUGACCAAGCCAGUGCUGCUUGUGGGGCGGAAAGCUAUGAAUCGUUCUGUGGAUGGCGAUCAAGUCAUUGUCGAGCUGCUGCCCAAGACCGAGUGGAAGGCACCCGGAGACGAGGUUUUGGAUCAGGACGUUGCGCUCAAGGACGAUGAUGCCGAGGGAGACGAGGGCACCGGGGAGAAGGACGAGUUGAAGGAGGCGAAGGACACGGACGAGGUCGCCAAGAAGGCGCCUAAGGAGAUCCUGCCCACCGGUCGGGUCGUGGGCAUCGCGAAGCGCAACUGGCGCCCAUAUGUCUGCCACAUCGACCGCUCCUCGCUCUCCGAGGCGGCCCUCACGUCUCUUUCUCAGCAGACAAUCUUCGCCACCCCUUUGUCUCGCGCUCUCCCGCGCAUCCGCUUGCGCACUCGCCAGGCGCCCGCGCUGCUGGAUCAGAAAAUCCUUGUCAGUAUCGAUAACUGGACGGUGAACUCGCGUUACCCCGACGGCCACUUUGUUCGCGCACUCGGCAAGGUAGAGAGCAAGGAGGCUGAACAGGAAUCGCUCUUACUCGAGUACGAGGUUCCCUACCGACCAUUCGGUAAGGCGAUUCUGAAUUGUCUGCCCAAGGAGGGCGACAGCUGGAAGGUGCCACCCAAGUCGGUUGACUCCUUCGAGUGGCGUGACCGCGAGGAUCUGCGCGACCUCAUCGUGUGCAGCAUCGACCCGCCAGGAUGCCAGGACAUCGACGACGCGCUGCACGCGCGCAAGUUGCCUAACGGCAACAUCGAGGCGGGCGUCCACAUUGCCGACGUCGGCCACUUUGUCCUCUCGGACAACCCGAUGGACUCCGAGGCCGCAUCCCGCGGCACCACUGUGUACCUUGUCGACAAGCGUAUCGAUAUGCUGCCCGAGCUGCUGGGCACCAACCUGUGCUCCCUGCGGCCCUUUGUCGAGCGCCUCGCGUUCUCAGUCAUCUGGGAGCUCACGCCGGGUGGAGACAUCGUGGACGUGCGCUUCACCAAGUCGGUCAUCGCGUCGAAGGAGGCGUUUACGUACGCUGCCGCGCAGCAGCGCAAGGAUGACAAGUCUCUGAAAGAUCCUCUUACCGAGUCGAUCCGGUUGCUUAACUCGCUUGCGAUCAACCUCAAGGCCAAGCGUGUGGCCGCGGGUGCGCUGUCGCUUUCUUCUCCUGAGCUGAAGAUCCAUCUCAACUCGUCGGAAACUACCGGCCCAAUUGACGUCGAGCAGAAGGAGCAGCUUGAGACUAACUCUCUCGUUGAGGAGUUCAUGCUGCUCGCCAACAUCAGUGUUGCGCGCAAGAUCCAGGAUGCAUACCCUGCAACCGCAGUCCUCCGUCGUCACCCUCCUCCGCCGAAGACCAACUUCGAGGCGCUCCAGGACAUCCUGCAGAAGCGCAAGGGCAUGACCCUGGAUGUCUCCAGCUCUAAGGCGCUUGCUGACUCGCUUGAUGCUUGUGUGGAUCCCAACCUUCCGGAGUUCAACACCCUUGUGCGCAUCAUGGCGACGAGGUGCAUGCUUUCCGCCGAGUACUUUGGCUCGGGCAGCGUAUCCAAGGAGUCGUACGGACACUACGGUCUUGCGAGCGACAUUUACACGCAUUUCACUUCGCCGAUCCGUCGCUACGCCGACGUGUUGGUGCACCGCCAGCUCGCGGCCGCAAUCAACUACACGCCCCUCCACCCCUCCCUGCAGUCGAAGCAGCACGUCGAGCGCCUGCUCAAUGUUGUCAACAAGCGCCACCGCCUGGCGCAGAUGGCCUCGCGCGCGUCCGUUGAAUUCUACGUCGGGCUAGCGCUCAAGGGCCGCACAGAAGGCUCGGGCGUCACUGCCGUGCGUGAGGAGGCGUUUGUGAUCCGCACAUUCCGCAACGGCCUCGCCGUGUUCGUCUCCAAGCUUGGCCUUGAGGGCCUCAUUACCUUCGCUAAGGACACGCACGAGUUUGACCCGGAGAACUACCUCAUUCACGUGCCCAAGCCGCGCGGGGGCACGGCUACUAUCGGCGUGUUUGACAGAGUCACCGUUGAUAUUUCGAUCGAGAAGGACGCCAACACGCAGCGCGGCAAGGUCAAGAUGACGCUCGUUAACCCAGUGAGCUCCGAGGGUCUGUAGCGUAGGCUUGUAGUACAUCAGUGUAUGCAUAUAGAGGUCACACAUCGCACUG